CCUGCGCCAAUCCAGAGUGGUGACCAUGCACCGGGCAACCCUCAUAAUGAACAUUCAAACCCAUUGAAUUUCCAGAACCCCCAUAAUAUUGGACUCAAUUUACCAAUAGAUGACGAGGUCGAUGAAGAGUUUAAUGACCGUUUCCUUGACCUAUUAAAUAACAAUUUUAAUGAAAAUAUAAACGAACCUGUAAAUAAUUUUAACAACUUCUUGUUUGAAGAACGCGAACCAUAUAUUCUUCCUGCACGAUUAGAAAGGAUAGAGGAGGAAACCGCCGAAGAAAUGGCGCUGUACGAGUCGCCUAUAAUGCAGCCUCCACCGAACUCGCCCGCGUCACUGUCCCUACAAGGUUCACUGACUGACAACACGCGCUCAGCUCCGAUCGCUAAAAUGGAGGAUGAUGAUGACAUUGAUUCGGAUGACUUCGAGGACUCCGUGGAUAAACAACAAGACAUGGACUUAAACAUGGCUUUGGCUGAAUGCGAACGAGCAAUCACGCUUUUUUUUAACAAUCAACUGGACAGGGCUAUAGAUAUUAUGACUCCAUGGCAGGAAACUUCAUUGUACCACGCUCACGGCGCGACUAUUUUGGAGUUCAUACCUGCUGUUCUCACGCUAGAACCAGGCCAAAUACAACGAGCGAAGGAUGCAUUGGCUCAAACAUUGACGCUUUGCGCUCAGCAGCGCAAGAGCUACACACUCGUCCAGUCUAUCGGCGCCAUCAUAAAAACGCCCAACUACGGUAGCUACUCGGAAGUUGAAGCUCACGCAGAGUUAGUACACGCAGAAGCGUGGUUGCUGAUGGCUUGUCUGGGUAUAAUAGAAAAUGAGGACAUGACAGGGUUACUCCGAGCCUCACUACGAGUUAAGGCUUCCUACAGCCAAUACGGAAUAUGUGCGAAGAUAUUGGCAAAGAAAACUUGGGAGAAUGAACAAUCGCGCGCGCACUUUGAGAGCGGAGUCCGCCUUGGGCUUGCCACCUUCAACGUAAUGAUAGCAAUGUUGCCCCCACGCAUUGUAGCCGUGCUGCAAUUUGUUGGCUUUUCUGCUGAUAAGGAGCAAGGAAAAAUGGAACUUAUGAAGGCAGCACAGUCAGCGGGAUUACGUUCAGUUUUGUGUGAACUAACGCUCCUGGUGUACUUCCUCGUAAUCGGGCACUUCGCGGCCAUUCCACCGGAUUUUGAUGCUGCUGAAAAGAUAAUUUCAAAAUCCCUUAAAAAAUACCCCGACAGCAUUUGGUUCCUGAUGUUCAAAGCUAGGCUGCAAUUGCUCCGUGGGCAAACUUUGGGAGCUAUAGGAACAUAUCAGAAGACAUGCCGCAUGCAGGAUUUAUGGCCACAGAUUAAGCAUCUGGCCUACUGGGAGCUCGUCUGGGCAUUUGCGAUGCUCAGACAAUGGACAAACGCAGCAGAAUAUGCAGCACUUCUCGAACAAGAGAGCAAAUGGUCACGGACCAUUUAUAUGUACACCCAAGCUGCCAUGCUAAUACAAACCGAGCCGGAGACUCCGGACGAACGCAAUGCCGUCGACGCACUUUUGAGGAAUGCCGCAAACUAUAGACAACGGCUGCUAGGCCGGUCUUUGCCAAUGGAGAAGUUCGUAGUUCAGCGUUGCGAACGCUGGAUCAAGCGAGGAUACUUAAUUCUCCCCGGGAUAGAAUUAUUGUGCUUGUGGAACAUCUUCCCGGCACUGGCAGCCGAAGGUGGUCAAGCCGAUUCAAUGUUGAAGAUUAUAGAAAGAACCACUUUCAAGAUAAGAAAGUCCAUAGAAAUGCGAGAAACUCGAAACAGAGCAGCAGUGCAGGAAGGGACAGAACCAGAGUAUGAUGAGGAUGAUCUGGCUCUGGCAGAAUUUCUGCGUGGAAGCCUGCUGACUGCAAUGGCGUUGCCUCGUCUAGGCCUGCAGCAUCUCGAAUUAGUUUUGCGAUUGAAGGAUAAAAUCCAGGAGAACAAAUUCCUUGUGCCAUACGCUCUAGUGGAGAUAGCGUCGUGUCACUACCAAUUCGGAGACCCAAUCCUCGCUGUUACAUUGCUACAGAAGGCCAGAAAGAAGUUCUCUGGCUAUCAGCUCGAGGCACGGCUGCAUUUCCGGAUACAUUCUAAACUGGAGUACAUAAGCGCAGGUAUCAGUGAUGUACCAAAAAGGGUAACUGAAGGGCUUACUGUCACUGGGGCGGAGAUAAUUGAAGCCAGGAGAGCCAAGCCACAAGCGAGUACCAGUAAGACAAUCAAGCCCAGCACGAUUUCAAAUGCUUUUUCAAAAGCAAAUGCCCAACAGACGGCAAACAACCAGCGCAAAGAGCCAAGCGUGAGUUAUGAGCCCGUAGCGGGCCCCAGUUCAGCACCUGACCCAGUCUUUCCAGUAACAGUAACAAGGCCUAGUGAAAGCCCCAUUCCCGGUCCGAGUUCAGCACCUGACCCAGUCUUUCCAGUAAUAGUAAUAAGGCCUAGUGAAAGCCCCAUUCCCGGUCCGAGUUCAGCACCUGACCCAGUCUUUCCAGUAACAGUAACAAGGCCUAGUGAAAGCCCCAUUCCCGGUCCGAGUUCAGCACCUGACCUUCCAGUAACAGUAACAAGGCCUAGUGAAAGCCCCAUUCCCGGUCCGAGUUCAGCACCUGACCCAGUCUUUCCAGUAACAGUAACAAGGCCUAGUGAAAUCCCCAUUCCCGGUCCGAGUUCAGCACGUAACCCAGUCUAUACAGUGACAGUAACAGAAAGCCCCAUUCCCGGUUCGAUUACAUCACCUGACGCAGUCAUUACAGUGACAGUAACAUGGCCUACUGAAAGUCCCAUUCCUGGUCCAAGCACCACUACAGUUACGCCAAUGUCAACGACGAGUAUUACAGAUACUCGCCAAUCUGACGAGAUUACAUCUAGCAGCGAUUCGAGUGCAAAGAAACAGCCGUGUUUAAUUAGUGAUGAUAUUGAGAUGGAUUUGAUUUCUCCGGCGGAUCCGGAGCCGAGCCAUGUCGACGUCCUGCCGGCUGUGACCAGUGACGUCAUCAGAGUACCGAAAAAGAAAUCCUGAGGAAUACUUCGCGGCAAACGCCGCUUUCGUCGCGUUGCACUUAACGUCGCCCGAUUCUUCAUCUGCCCAGCCUUCUUCCCAGGCCUCGGCGUACCAGAUUUCGAAGUAUAAAUACAUACUCGCAUUCCCGUGUUAAGGACGUUUGAUACAACAAAGAACAAAAAUGUAACCGCGUGACAUGGUUUCUAAUAUACUUUAGACAAUAUUCAUUACAAUAAUGAAUAUUUAUGGAUUUUUAAAUGGUAACCCGACGGGUAUCGUCUUGUAUGGACUCUUCGCCGCUGGUACCUGCCUAAAUAAAGGUCAAAAGUCGAAAAGGAGGCCGACCGGUUUUCAUACAUAGCUGGGCGCAUUUAGAUGAACUGCAAUGUCCAAAUUUACACUAAUUUGGACAUUGUCACAAUUUAUUAAUAUUAAUAAAUAUAUUUUUUAAACUGGUUUCAUCUUAUUUUGAUUCACAGUGCGUAAUCUAGUAUCUACAUAACCUAAAAUGGUCGGCCUCCUUUCUUUAUUCGAUAAAGUUAUAAUAAUUAAGUUAUAAUAAUAGUGUAAUUAAGUAUAGUCUAAGUACUUGUGAUGACCUUUGUCAUUUUAUAAGAGCUUAAUUUGUCAGUCCGUAUAUACUUGUAGCUCGUGUCAAUCUGGUAGAAAAGUGAUAUUUUAUUUUAAAAAAUCCUAUAAGAUCUCUUUUUCAGAUUUACAAUAUCAGUUACAGUUUUAAAGUUAUUGUUAUAAAGAUGAAACCAAAUUUUUUGCGUUUGUUUUUGGUUAUAAAACUCAAACUUUGGCUUGCAGAAGAUAAAAAGUACAUCUUCUUCAGAAUUUUACUCCACGUAAUGAGAUAUCGUUUCUAUCGAGUUUUCACAUUUCUCUACUAGACUAUACUAGUAAGAAAGGUAGGUAAACUACAAGAAAUUGGAUCGGUAACUUCGACGAUUAAUUAUCAUUGGUCUGUCAAAAAAAAAGCUUUGUUACUUAUCACCUUCCCACCAUAGUCAUUUAUGGUAGAUAUAUGGGCUUUGUAAAAUGACUAAGGUCUUCCAAUCAAAUUAUUAUUAUUGGAGUUUACUCUUUAAGAAUCGAUUUUUCAUAUAAAUUUUUGUGCGCAACCUAUUCUGCGCACCUUUCACCUUCCUUCGCACGCCGCGGCCUGCUGCUCCUGGGUUGCGCACCUUUCACUUUUCAGGUGAGUAUUGAGACGUAUAGUGCAUGCUGCGGGGCAACAUACACCUAUUUAGACAGUCGAUCUGAAAGAUUAAACUCCAUUCAUCUGUCUGUGUGUAUAAUUGAAAAUAUUAGGUAUAUGUUAUUACAUAGUUUUUCAUAGUAUUUGCGUUUUUGCGAUCACCUAACGUGGUUUCAACAAAAUGUCCUUGACAAUGUUAUUUUACGCCAAGUAUCAGUGAUUUUUUCUUAAUACGAUCAUCUAAUAUGAUUAAUUUAAAGUAAUUACGCUAAUUGUCGAUUUUUCGAUAAUAAACGUACUAAAUACCACUACUAUAUAGUAUAUACUAAUGUCACUUAAGAUAAGUAAUAUGGAAAACAAUGUAGGUACUCAUAGUUCAUAUAGAUGUAUUUUAUGCGUCUCGGUGUUAUAUCUUUAUACGUGUAUAAUUAAAUAAAAUUUUAUUUUAUAAUUUAAAUAAAAUUAUAAUUAAAUAAAAAAGUAUUAAUGUAAGAAUCUUAAGGGUAACUAUUAGAAAUGUAAACGUAAGUUUUUUUAAUAAUAUACAGGAUGUUUCGUACGAUUUCCCUUCUUAUGAUGAUAUGAUAACGUCAAGGAGUUGACUAGAUCAUUUAAAGGAACUGUAUUGCAUAAGUAAUAUUUAAUUAACUAAAAAAAACAACUUUUCAUGUUUUCAUGAUUCAAAUAACCGACUAUUCAUGUAUUAGUGACAUCGUUGCAUUUUUUGACAUUGUCGCAUUUUAAAAUUAGCAAAACAAUAACAUAAUAUUCAAAGGGAAACAAGCCAUAUUCUUAAGGUAAUAGAAACCUUUUUUGAUAACUGUACUCGACUUCUCUAAAAUAUGUAUAAGGGACAGAAUUUAAGAUCUAUUUACAAAAUGAAUAUUAUUUAAUUCGAAAAUAUUCAUUUUAGAACGUAUUCUUUGACAAAACGUAGGUAAUUAUAAAUGCCCAAAUUUUAUAAUUAGGUUUUGUCAAAUAAUAUAACCCUAGAAUUAUGGGAAAUUAUUUUUUAUUUAUUUGGAUUUGGAAUAAUUAAGUAUAACAACAUAAAAUUUAAUUAAACAAACGAAAUCAAGAAUCCCAGUGAUAAACGCUCUCUAUACAUGACUUAGAAAUCUAUAUCUAUACUAAUAUAAUAAAGCUGAAGAGUUUGUUUGUUUGUUUGUUUGUUUGUUUGUUUGUUUGUUUGAUUGAACGCGCUAAUUUCAGGAACUGCUGGUCCGAUUUGAAAAAUUCUUUUACUGUUAGAUAGGCCAUUUAUCGAGGAAGGCUAUAGGUUAUAUAUUAUCCCCAUAUUCCUAUGGGAACGGGAACCACGCGGGUGAAACAGCGCGGCGUCAGCUAGUAGUUCCAUAAAAGACGAAAUGUACGUUAGCUCUUUCGCUCACAUAGUCACAGAAGUGGCUUACGUUAACGGUGAAAAAUUGUUAGGUGCGGGUCUAUAGGUUAUUAGUCUAAGCCUCAAACUUAUCUUUAAGUGUACGUGUACUUAGUAAUAAGUAUUUUAAAACCAAAUUAUAUUGUAGAUAUAAAUGUAUACAAAUUGGUACAAUUCGCAUGUCUGAAAUUAUUAUUAUCAAGUGUAACGGAAAAUUAGGCAUAAGUUUAAAAAAAUAUGUUAAGUAUCUGGGUUUACAAAGUAAAAUAGACUCCUCGUGUUGUUGAAGUUGUUUAUAAUGUAUAAACAACCCCUGGCUAUAAUAACCAAUCGAAUGACACCUUGGCCGGUAGCCAUGUGGCACGUCGAUUUUCUUUCUACAAUCGCAAACGGUUCAAAAAUUAAAAAUUCUAUGGAAAUGAUAUUUGAUAUCGACAUAUCAUGUGAUUAAUCAUUCCUAUAUUUUUUCCGUUUUCGAAGCGUUAGCUAUUGUAGAAAGAAUUGAGGUGCCGCAUAGCUACAGGCCCAUAUUCGCUGAACCAAAUGAAUAGCUUCACCAUCACGGAGGAAUAUAGAUAGGUACAACAAACAAAUAUACAUAUUACUAAAAUCAUAACCCCUUUACCGUAGUCGGAAAAAAUAUAAAAUCAUUCUUACAUAGAAAAUGUUAAGUUAUAGUAGUAGUAUAGUAUCCGGCCUGUAAGUUGAACCACAUUUUCCAGUGUUAGCGACGUACGUAGAUGUCACGAGUAACCAUAGCAACAUGUUGACACUAUUACAUUCGCGUGACAUUAAAUGGGGAUGAUGACUAGGUUUGAAUAUAUUGAUUUUUAUUUUUAUAAUACAUUCGGGUAAAUGUUAACUUAUUUAUACCUAAAAAAGCAAAUAUUGUCUGGAUAUUUGCAAAAUAAAUAAGAUUAUAAAAUUUCAAAAUCUAUUAAAAAUCUUUUAACAUAAUUAGAUGAAAGUUCAUACAGUUUUAACUUCUUUACAUUAAAUGUGUCAUUUUUUAAUAUAGAAACUAUAAACAUAAACGCACAAAUAACAAAUAUUAGUAAUUUUGUUUGAACGCCCAUACAAAUCUAACGUUCAUUGCUACACCACGCGACAUCGCGUGAAGCGGCCUUUUACGCUGCAGCCAGUAGCGCGACAUCGCAUCGUCCUGACAAUCUUGUACGAUCUAUAGAACAUCGGCUAUUUACGUAAUUCUAAUAUUAUAUUUUGACUUUUACUUAUAUUUUGACGUGUUAAAACUGUAUCUAAAAUUACGUACCAGACAACUGUCUUUUUGGUUCAACUUACUUGCCGGAGUCUAGUAUAGACAAUGAUAUUAAAUACCGUAAGAUGUGUACUAGCGCAUGAAAAAUGAGGCGCUCAAAUAAGGAAAUUUAUAGUCAACUCAAUGUUGGUUGUGGACAACAGUGAACGUUAUUUAAACAGAUAAUACCUAAAUAUCGUCUUCAAUGUCGAGUUGUGUGUUCAGGAAGUGUGUAAUCUAUAUACAUGUAUAUAAAUUAAUGAAAUUAAAGACAAAAUUCUGCAUGUGUGCGCUCAGUGUUGCCUAUUAUUCGGAUCACUUUUUGUGGUGAUUUCUUGUAACCGAUCUAUAGUAUAAAAUUAUCAUUAAGUAUACAUAUGACAAAAUAUGAAAUUUCAAUUCAAUUCUCAGACUCCUUUUUAUGAUUCGAAGCCGUAAAAAGCAUACGGCGGUAGGUAUCAAUUAUACCAUUUUAACAAAAUAUAUGUAAAUUUUGUAUGUUAGAUAGGUGUCUAUAUUAUAAAUAUAAAUUUCGAUCUAUUUUACAUCUUAUAAUAUUAUCUUACUGUUGUUUAUUAUCGCGAAAUAACAACCUGUUCAAAUUUUAUAUCAUCUAUUAUUAUAAGUAUACGUAUAUACCAGUGGCGUAUAAAUGCAAUGCCUACCCCAAGGACUCAAUACAAACCUAUGUUAACCACAGAAUACAUUGGACAAGGACUUUUACUUAUAGUGAAUUCCCUAGUUAAAAAUCUUGUGCACACCACUGGUAUAUACUAUAUUAUAAGUUUAAAACUUAUACUGCAGUCGUGUAAACGUCCAAUAUUUUAUAUUAUGAUUAAUUAAUUGGUGCAUUUAUAAGUUUAAAUAAUUAUGUAUACAUAUGUAUUAUGUGGCUAAUUACUAUCAUUUUGGGCUUAUUAUUUCAUUUUGUGCAAUAGGUACGUAUCAGUGGCGUGCACUUCAUACAUGCAAUUUGCCUCCGUGGCGCAGUGGUAAGCGCGGUAGAUUUACAAAACGGAGGUCCUGGGUUCGAUCCCCGGCUGGGCAGAUUGAGAUUUUGUUAAUUUGUCCAGGUCUGGCUGGUGGGAGGCUUCGGCCGUGGCUAGUUACCACCCUACCGGCAAAGACGUACCGCCAAGCGAUUCAGCGUUCCGGUACGAUGCCGUGUAGAAACCGAAAGGGAUUUUCAUCCUCCUCCUAACAAGUUAGCCCGCUUCCAUCUUAGACUGCAUCAUCACUUACCAUCAGAUUGUAGUCAAGAGCUAACUUGUAAAGAAUAAAAAAAAAAAAACAUGCAUUAAAGCUCUGCAAACCCUAAACAAUGAUUUGUUAAUGCUUACCCAAUGCACUUUUUCCAAGUUUGUUUAAAUUGUCUUACUAUUGCAUACUCUGAUCAACAACCUUAUGUUGGCUACUGACACGUAUAGAGGGUACUUCAUUUUAUGAAGAAAGUAACCCACGUACUUCAUAAAAUGAACGUACGUAUUUUUUCAGGUGAAAGUUUGUCUAUGCUCUUCCAUAGAUACUUACCUACUGUAAUUAAUUAUGGACGUUGUUUUUUUGUUACCAGGUUUAAGGUAUAAUUAUUAUUAAUUCAUAAUGAUUGAAUCCAUAAUGAUUGAUUGGUAGGUCACCAAUCAAUCAUUAUGGAUUACUGCAUGGCGCAAAAUAUAAACAAAAAUUAUUUGUAUUUAUGUUCAUUUAGCUAUUCUAAGAUUUUUAAAAAUAUAAAACAAACAUUCUAUCUAUUUUUAAGAUGAUAAUCUUAAUGUUUAUUUGUAGCUCAUUGUAGGAUGGCAUGGGUGACAGGGUACAGCAGCAAUGGAGAAUAUUACUAGGUAUGCAAAAUCACUUGAAACUUUGUUUCUUUAGAGCUUUUAUAUAUACAAAUACACUCGUUUUUGUGUUAUUUAAAAAUACCAAAUAGUUAUGAUCAGGGCCGGACCGUCCAUACGGCGAACGGAGCGGUCGCUCCAGGCGCCAAAUCCUAGGGGGCGCCGAAAUGGUAAAGACAAGAUCGAAAAAAAAAAAAAUUCUUUUCGAUCGUCUAUAUUUAAAGCGAAGAGAUGAACGCGACGUGCGCGUUUACUUCUAAUAGAGGCGUCUUUCUUUACCUAUGGUGCAGGGAGUGCGUUGAUUAUAACCCGGGUAUAUACAGGUAAUAGAGGGCGCUAGGGUGAUGAUUGCACCCGGGCGCUGCGUGAGCUAGAGAGUCUUUACUUAUAGUGCAGGGGGUGCGUUACACCCGGGUGUCGCGAUCUCAGGGGCGCCCAAGCGCCACUCGCCGCGCGGGUUCUAUAGGUACUAGGGGGCGCUAGGGUAAUGAUUGCACCCGGGCACUACGUGAGCUAGAGUCUUUACCUGUAGUGUACCUGAGUAUGGUCAAAAUCUUCGCGUUCCAUAAGUUCGUAGCCUAAGUAAACCAGGAAACUACAAAGCUAUAAUUUUUUAGUUAAUUUAUUUUUCAACUUUAUUUAGAGCUCAAUACACUUAUUUUGUUGGCCUGGAAACAUUUCUAUACCAGCUAUUUUUUUUCUUUAAAGUCUUUAAACAACUCCAAGCAGUCGAUCGCGUAUUUGUUCAACUCAAAGAAGCCAAGGCGAUUAUGUGAUGUUUGCCUUCUGUUGAGAGGCAUAUCAUAGAUAGAUUGACUUUUAGGAAGAUAGCUGACACUAUUGGCAAAUAGUGUCAGCUAUCUAGCUAUCUAUCUAUUCUAUCUUCUAUACUAUAAUAAAACAGUAGAAAUCGAGUGUCUGUACUUUGCCCAAAUUUAACUAAAAUCAAGUUAGGGCAAUUAGAAAUGAGCAAUUGAAUACGAAAACAUUAUUUUUAAUUUUCUUGUCUGUCUGUCUGUCUGUCCUUCUGUCUGUAUGUUCGCGUUAUUCUCUGAUUCUACUGAACGGACUUUGAUGCGGAUUUCACAAAUAGAUUAAGCAUAGUCCAGGGCAACAUAUAGGCUUUGUUUCAUUAAGAUCGGAUAUAUAGCAAAAAACGCGCGGCUUGUAAUAGGGCUUUCGACUGUGGUGGCUGGGCAUUUUACCCAAGCGUAAAAAACGCGCGGCCUUUGGCCGCAAACUUUAUUCUGCACCGGCCUUCGACCGCAAACUUUAUUCAACUCCGGCCUUUGGCCGGGGGUUUGUAAUAAGACUUCCGACUGUGACUAUGGCUGGGCAUUUUACCCAAGCGCAAAAAACACGCACUUUAUUGUACACCAGCCUUCGGCCGGGGGGAUCUGAUUUUGUAUUUUUUAUAUAUAAAAAAUUCAAAAAUGUACAUCGAUUUUCACGCGGACGAAGUCGCGGGCAUCUGCUAUUCUUCGAUAAGACAUGAUCCGUCACAAUUUUUUUGAAUUUUUUCGUCAGAGGUCGACGUUGACGGUCUAUCGCUACCCUGGUCAUUUUUGACGCUGUUACGACCAUGUUGGAAUUUCGUCACUCACUUUUUCACGAUAUAUACGAAGGCCCUAAUUCACCUUCAGUUUUUAACAUGACUUCAUAAAUGUUUUUUUUUGCUAAACCUUUCUUCUUCAAGUUCUUCAUUGCAGUGAUUAAGUUAAGAUUAAGAUACUCGAUUUUUUUUCAUAUUAAAAAAUACGAGUACCUAGUCACGAUUUGUUUGACGGAAUCGCGUGGGGAACGUAACGAAUGCAAAUGAAUGCAUAAAAUUUUAUUCUAUUAAUAUAGCUAUAUAUUGAAUAAUGUAGCUUUAAAAUGGGGGUAAUUUAAAAAAAAUAAUAAAAAAGAACAACCGACCUCAAAAUCAUAAAAAAGUUUCCAUUAAAUUAAAAGCGAAACAUAACAUCGUAUGUGCUACCUUCUGAUCAGUUUGAAGGCGGUACCAAGUUAGUGCUGUGUUAAUUAAAGCCGUAUCUGAAAGAAGUGUCUGAAAAUCCAGUUAUAAUCUUUAUGAUUUAAACGGCUUGAAUCGAAUUGAAAUCGAUCGGUCGAAUUGAGAAACCUCCUCCUUUUUUUGAAGUCGGUUAAAAAUGUAUGACAUUCCGAUAUACGUUAGGUUACGAACUUUUCAAACGUCCCUAGUAUAUAAUGUUAGGAGCAAACAGGAAAGGCGCCAUAAUUGGAUCUCGCUCCAUUCUAAAAUUUACCUCGGUCCGGCGCUGGUUAUGAUUCUACAUGCAUUCAAAGUUCGCAUAAAUAUCGACUCCUGCAAACAGUUGCGAUAUUGUACGUGACGUCAUCGUACAACACUUGCCCGGCCCGUUCAGGCAAUUUCGAAUUCAAGAACUAAUGGCCCUUAUGUUAAUUUACUCUUUUUUUUUUUAAAUAUAAAUAUACUUAAACAAUACACAUCACUAUCUAGCCCCAAAGUAAACAUACAGAGUAGCUUGUGUUAUGGGUGCUUAGAUAGUUGAUAUUAUAAUAUUAAUAUACAAUUAUAUACUACAUAUAAAUACUUAUAUAAUGUAUAAAUACACACAGACACUGGAAAACACCCAUGCUCAUCACACAAAUAUUUUCCAGUUGUGGGAAUCGAACCCAUUGAAUCUUUGACUAAUGGCUAGCCAUUAGUUCGUCAGUAGCUAAGGCAGAAGUACGAAUUUGCCUGAACGGGCUGUGCAAGUGUUGUACGAUGACGUCACGCACUUUAAACGCGGGCUGUCGCCGCGCACACUUUAAAAUUCCAUAUCUUGAGAACUAAUUAACGUAUCGAAAUAAUUCUUUCACAAGAUUUUUUAAUUUACAACGGAGAAUAUAGAAAGCUAACAUUUGAAAAUAGUGAACAUUCUCCAUUUUCUCAUAAAAUGUAUGACGAACAAUGACGUAGGUACCCAGGGGCAAGGUGGUGCAGUGCCCGGGGCCCUCAAGCUGAGCGCACCCUCGAAUCCUUACCAGAACACAUUGGCCAGGGGCUCAGACUAAAUACAUAAGGACUAGUAUCGCACCCAAAUUCACGAACAAAAUUUUCUGCCAUUUUCUAAGAAAAACGAGCUUAGAUUUCAUACAUAUCUUAUACUAAACUAGCAGUUUUUGUUAGUUUUUUACACCAUUUAACUACACAAAAAGGUAUUUUUACGGAGGUUUUUAACCGACGGACACGAUUGUAAACUAUGAAACAUCGAUUCUAUAGAGACAGUGUUUAUAAUCGCAUAAGAUCAUAUACUUUGACAGAAAAAUAAUGUCUUGCGAGACAGGUCUUUAUCUAAUUAGUCUGAGGCCAGGGGCGUAGCUAUCGUCGUAUCAGCCGUAUCAAUGAUACGGGGCCCCCAGACUACAGGGGGCCCUUUACGGGCGACGGGAGGAAAGGACUGCGCGGCUGUGAAGUAGGGCGCGCGGGGCAGAGGGAAGGACUGGGGCAUCGCUACCCCCCUCCUGGCCCGCGCGUACCAUCGGGAUUGUUACGAACGAAUUUCCCAGGCUAUAGUUAGAUGCCUCACCGCGAAGCAUAGCAUUCAUACGCCAACUUUUCCACAGAAACAGAAUUUUUCCGCAAAAACGUCUUUUUUCCGCUAGAAACUAAUUUAGCAGUCUGGUGCAUCUGUGAAUAAGGGGCUAGGAAGCUGUCCGUACCAUCCUGCAAUGAGUACAUUAUACUUACAUAUUUAUUGUCGAAGAAGUAUUAUUAAUUAGAUAUAAUAAAUGUAUUGAACUCGUA